AUUUACCUUUCUGCAUCAUACCAGGAGCAUGUUCUCUUCCUACCCCUUUCUCCAGACCAUAAAUAAUCCUAUAAACAAAAUUUAGCCCAUGCUUUUCAACUUUUUUAGGCAAAACGACUACGACCUGUCCUUAAAAUGGCGUCUUAUACCAACAAAGUACCCAUCAAACAAUCCAAAUAACUUCGGUGGAAAGGCGUUGCUUCCGCAGCGAGUAAUCGAGGACCUGGUAAAUUUGCAGAUACCGGCGCCUUACACCUUUGAAAUAUCGCACAGCAACCGGUUGUACGUCUCACACACCGGCGUUCUAGAGUUCACUGCGAGAGGUGAAGAGAUUGUUGUGCCUGAAUGGUUGUACCAGCAGCUUGAGAUGGACCAGUGUGGACUUGUCACCGUAACUUAUAAGCAGUUGAUGCCUGGCCGCUCCAUCAAGCUUCUUCCCCAUACCACCGACUUUCUGGAAAUCGAAUCACCGAAGCGAGAGUUGGAGAAGUGUCUGGUGAAUUACCAGGUGCUGACAUGCGGUGAUGAGAUUGUGUGUUCUUUUGAUGAGUACGGUGUUAUGAGAUUCACUGUUAAUCAAAUAGAGCCAGACGAUGAUGCCAUUUACAUCGUGGACACAGAUUUGAUUGUCGAAUUUUUGCCACCGAUAGGAUAUGAAGAAAAACUUGAAAACGAGAAGAGCGUGAUGAGAUUUGUAGAAUUUGAUGACGUAGAGGAUGAUGAUAUAAAGUGUGUGAGGAUGAAGGAAAGAGGAAUUUGUUUUGAUUUUAAAUAAACACUAGCUGUGUAGUUGUGAGCCGGCACGUGGACUCUUAGCAAUUUCGGUAAUGUAAUGUGGUAAUUUUGGUGAGCUAUCAAUUAAACGGGU